UUUUCGAUAAAUAUACCUGAAAAGUGUUGCUAUUUUUGAGACUGUGACAAAAGUCACAUUUAAGUAAUUCCAUCAUUUAUCUAAUUUUCUACUAAUUGGUUCUCCAUAACAGUCCAUUAGUUUUGUUUAAUCUUCAAAAUUACUUGAAAAUCUGUAAUUUCCUCAGCACCCUUUGUUACUGCAAAGCUGUUUUGAUGCCUUUUACAGUCUAAUAAAACUAUUGAGGGUAAAACCAUUAACAUUUCAGAUAAUAGUGGUCUGCAGUCUGCUGUUGUCACUGUUGCAGUGGACAUAUGUUGCAUACAUGAGGCUUUGUUUAAGAGUGAUCCCCCUGCAGCCCCUCUCAGCGUGUGAGCAGCGUCUGGACGCAGGCUGAAAAGCCUCAGGCUGCUUCCUCAUGACAUCACAUGGUUGCAGAAUGACUUGUCUAACAUUCGUCUGUGAGGCAAGACUUCCUAAACACACAGUGUGAUCACCACUCUUGAUACUGAAAGCAGGAAAAGGCUCAUGUUUCUUGUCAUUGUGUUUUGCAAAAGGAGCCUGUCACACCAAACCACAGUUCAGUAGAUCUAUCAGCUAAGUGAUCAGUGAUUUCAUUAUUUGAUGAACUUCAUUUUUUGUUGUCAUGGUGACAGUAAGAGCCUCAAAGCAAAGGGCUGAUAAGAGGGCCUGAUUAUAAAAUACACUACACCGUGAGUCCAUAAAGUGUCCUUAAAAAGUCCCAGACAUGGAGGAGGAGGUGAGCCGGGUGAAUGGCUUCAGACAAAACCCAGUGAGGAGGGGCUCUGACUGGGGUCGCAUCACCCUCUUGGACAAGACCAAGGAGUUCUUCCAGAUCUGUGAUGUGGAAGGAAAAGGCUUCAUCACUCGCACUGAUAUGAGGAGGCUUCACAGUGAGCUGCCUCUGUCUGCAGAGGAGCUGGAGGAUGUGUUUGACUCUCUGGAUACAGAUCACACCGGUUACCUCACACUGGAGGCAUUUUCCUCGGGAUUUAGUUUGUUCCUGCAUGGCCGGAGGAUCUCUGUGACUGAUGACCAGAAUAUACCACCUGGUCCCAGCCUUAGGGCCAAAGAAGCCCUUUAUCAGAGUCAAUGGGAGGCAAAGUUGGCAGUAGUAGAAGAUGAGGAGGAGAGGCACUUCUGUAUGCUGCUGGACAGCCUGGGGGCCAGUAAUGUGUUUGAGGAUCCAGGCGAAGUGCGCAGUCUGUGGACUCAGCUGAGAAGAGAUGAGCCUCACCUCUUGUCCAACUUUGAGGAGUUCUUGGCCCGGGUCACGCACCAGAUCAAGGAAGCCCACCAGGAGAAGAAGGAAAUGGAAAGUGCCCUCCAGAGGAAGGCUGCGACACACGACAGUGAGAUUCGUCAUUUAUAUGAAGAGAUGGAGGCACAAAUCAAAACUGAGAAAGACAGGUUGCUCCUAAAGGACUCUGAACGCCUUCAAGUGCGCAGUCAGGAUCUCGAGCUUAAACUCUUUUCAAAGGAAAGAGAGCUGGAACAACUUUUCCAGAAGCAGAAAAGGUUAGAGCUCCAGUGUCGUGAGCUGAGCAGUGAGAAGCAGGAGAGCCACGUGGAGAAUGUCAAGUUGAAGAUGACCAAUGAUGAGCUGUCCAGAGCAUUGGACAGCACCAGCCAGGAGCUUGGGCUCGCUCAGGAACAGCUGGCCAUACUGCAAGAGCAGGCUGCCCGCCUGCACCAAGAGAAAGAAAUGGAAAUGUACAGAGUAACUGAAGGACUACAGAGAGAAAAACAAAGUCUCAUGAAGCAGCUAGAUCUUCUCAGAGAAAUGAAUAAACAUUUAAAGGAUGAACGAGACAUAUGUUGUGGUGUUCCUCGAACGUCACUCAGAAAGAAGCAGAAGCAGAGAGCUGGACUUGCCAAUAUAUUUGAUGACACCAGCCAGCCGACAAGAAGAACACCACUGUUGGUGGAUGGGUCCUAUCAGUCUCUGGAGGCCUUGCCUAUAGAGCACCUUCAAAUCGUGUUUGUUGGUUCCUCCUCCUCUAGUGAGGAUGACACAGCCACUGCCUCAGCUACAACGGCCAGCACCCCAGCAUGCCAGCAGCGUCCUACGGUGAAGAAGAACACUGGUUUAGCCAAUGGAUAUGCCAAUCCUGCUCCAUCCACUGUGCGAGAUGUAAAGACAAAGGCAAGAAAACUACCUAGCAAGAUGACCAACCCUCAGAGGUUCACUGGGAAAGACAGAGACAGAGCAAAAAAAGUAGAAAAAGAAAGAAUGACACGUGUAGAGGAUGAGGUCUUGGAUGCCCCUCCAGAUGGGUGGCCACUCCGUCGAGUGAUCUCAAUUGAAGAGGACCACCUACCACACCUACUCCAAGGGGGGCCUCAACUCCUACUACAUCAGCUCAGUGAGGAGGAAGAUGAGGGGGAUGAGGAAGAGGAGGAAGAAGAAGAAGAAGCACAAAGUGACAUUGAAUCUAGUGUUGUUGUGGCAACCGACCUAUCAGCCACCCCUCCCUCCAGGCAAAGCCCCAUGCAAACAGAUGCCACUCAGGCGAGGAAAUCUCUGUUUAGCUGGACAAAGAUGACACCCAUGUCUCCUCGAGGACAGCCAGUUGGAAAAGAGACUCAGCAUAAGGCAAAAGAAAACACAUUACUGGCCCCAGAUCGUUUGUUUAAGGUGGUCCUUGUCGGUAACUCCAGCGUAGGCAAGACAUCCUUGUUACGCUCCUUCUGUGAGGGCCGUUUCCACCCCUCCACCACUGCUACUGUGGGUAUUGACUACAGCGUUAAGACAUUAACUCUUGACAAUAUGCAGGUAGCCAUGCAGUUGUGGGAUACAGCAGGUCAAGAGAGGUACCGCAGCAUAACAAAGCAGUUUUUUCGCAAGGCAGACGGUGUGGUGUUGAUGUACGAUGUCACAGUGGAGGAAAGUUUCAAGGCUGUUCGACCUUGGCUUACCAAUGUACAGGAAGCUGCAGGAGAAGGGAUCCCUAUCCUCCUGCUGGGCAACAAAAUGGACAUGGAUGGAGACAGGCAGGUGUCAUUCAAAGAGGCUGAACUCCUAGCUUUUGAAAACAAGGUGAUGUUUUUUGAGGUCAGUGCCUACACAGGAAACAAUGUGACAGAGUCCUUGACACACCUGGCCAGAGUGUUAAUGGAGCAGGAGGACAAAGUGAGAGACACAACAGUUAUCCUCAGUGCUCAACCCAUCAAGAAGAAAGCAUGCUGCAAAUAAAGAGACACUGAUGGACAAAAACUUCAAUGGUGGAAAAAAUCUACUUGUAUAUGCAAUCAACGUGGCUCUAGAUCUUUUUUGGACAGUGGACGUGCAGCAUUUGAGACAACAUGGAAAUCACUCCUGGACUUCUGGUUGCAUUAGCAGAAAAGACACCUUACUACUGAUUGAAAUAGUGUCUUUAAAUGAGCAUUUUUCUACAGAAAUUCCUAUUAAAGUGGACAUAAACGACUCUGUUGCUCACAUAAACAUUAAAAGUACGUAUGAAGCUCAUAGAAAUUAUUUUAACGGUGCUUCAAAAUUUCCUGUAUAUAACAUUGUGCUGUCUAAUCACAUUGGUGCUUUCUAUAGGAUAUAGAAUAACACAUUCUAAAUUGCAUCCAUUCAUCCAUCCAUCCAUUUUCUACUGCUUAUCUGGGGCCGGGUCAUGGAAGCAACAGUCUAAGCAGGGAUGCCCAGACUUCCCUCUCCACAGACACCUCCUCUAGAUCUUCCGAGGGGACCCUGAGGUGUUCCCAGGCCAGCCGAGAGACGUAGUCUCUGCAGCGCGUCCUAAGUUUUCCCCGAGGCCUCCUCCCAGCGCCUAAAUUCUAAAUUAAUGAUGAAUAUGAAUGAAAACAAUACCUUUCUGAUAUGUAGAUUAGCUUUAUUUAUUUGCUUUUGUCUAGUGUAGUGUUGCCAUGUUUUAAUGUUGUUACUGAAAUCAUUUCUUUGGAAUUCAACAAAUAAAAACUAUUUUAAAUGGAGUUCAUAUUAGAAAAAUGUGAUUUGCUCUUUGCUUUGGAAAUCUUUGAUGGUUUAUUAUCAUCAUGUCUAACUAUACUCACAUUCUUUGAUCAUCUGAUUCCCUAAACAACGUGAUACAUGACAUAUUGCAUUGUAUUUGUUACUGUUCUGAGGCAUUGUUCUGUUUUAUUCUGGCACCAGUUGUUCUUCAUCAUCUUCAAUUAAACACAUAAAUAAAAUUACAUGUCACAUCUCUCUGUGAGGCAUAAAACGUUCACAUGCAAAUAAUAAUAAAAUAAAACACAGUUAUUACUGCACUCUCAACACAAUUAUACAGCACACACCAAAUCUUAACAAAUGGCUGAAGGAAAGACAGUUAAUGACUGUGCUGUAACCAUCUCAACAACACACUGACCAAAGCUUCAGUUAGCUGCACGGACAAUAGAAAUACUCUGAAAUGCUGUUCUUGUUACUCAAAAUAACAUUUC